AUGGACCCCGGGCGUCCAGAGCGUCCCGCGAACGGCCGACGACGUGCCAACGGAAGAGCGUGUACACACUGCCAUCAGCGCAAGGUCCGCUGCGAUAUCCUGGACAAGGGCGCACCGUGCACAAACUGUCGCACGACGGGCCGCGCAGGAUGCCUGAUGUACGAGAAGAAGAGGCUGCGCAGCAGCAGGAGGCCAUCCAGGGAGAUCCCCAUCCGGCCGCGGGAGACGGCGAGCGCGAGCCUGUCAGCCACGGCCACGCCUCGCGACGCCGCCGACUCGGCCGAGGAGAAUGACCCGGGCAACCUGGCCGAGUUCAUCGACUGCGAGGACGUGCGGACGGCCAUGAUCGACCACCACGGCCGCACCUGUUUCAUCGGCACCGAGGUGUCCAACUUCAACUACCUCGUCCGCCAGAGCUCGUGCCAGCCAGGCUACGACAGCGUCUUCCACUUUGGCAACCGCCAGUUCGCCCGCAAGCUCACCGCCCACGACCUGCAGCACGUCCCGCCCGAGGCGCUGGAGCGCCCAUCCAAGGAGAUGGAGGCCCGGCUGCUGCGCGCCUACUUUGACAACGUCAACACGGGCUGGCCCAUUGUCGACGAGGAGCAUUUCAUGGCCCAGUACGAGGGCAAGGUGACCCGGUGUCCCGUCCCGCUGCCGCUCCUCAACGCCAUAUUUGUCGUCGGCAGUCAUGUCCUCGCCGCGCACGACAGCUCCAUCCGGGCGCUCCAGCCGACCUUCUUCCGCAGGGCGAAGCUCCUCGUCGACUACCGCUUCGAGCAGGACCGCACCAUGUACGUCCAGGUCGCGCUACUGCUGACGUGGUACUCGGACGGUCUCGAGGAGAUUGUCGCGAAUGCCUGGCACUGGAUCGGCAUCGCCACCAGGACUGCUCUCGGCGCCGGCAUGCACCGCGACGUGAGCAAGUCGAGCAUGAUGCCCAUGGCGAAGCGAACAUGGGCGCGUCUGUUCUGGGUUCUGUUCCAAUUUGAUACCAUGGUGUCGUUAUCGUAUGGCCGGCCACAGGCAAUGAACCUCGAAGAGUCCGAUGUGCCAGAGCUUACUGAGGCCGAGUUUGAGGGCGUGCCCAACGCCGAAGUGAGCUUCGUCGUCCACCACGCAAGACUAUGUGCCGUCAUCGCCGCCGCCACGCGUGCGCGCUGGGCCCUCCGCGCGACGCCCGAGAGUCGCAUCCAAGCAGCGAGGGACGCCGACAUGGCCCUGGCGCAGUUCACGCAGCAGCUCCCGCCCAGCAUGCAGCUGUCCUACUCCAGCGUCGACCCCUGGCAGGCGACGCUGCAUCUGACGUACAACAACUUCCUCGUGCUCUCCCAUCGGCCGCCUCCCAAGGGCCAGCCCGACCCGGUAUCGGAGGCAUGCAGCGAUCCGGGCAUCUGCAGCAGCGCGACCCUCGUCAUGGCGUCCAUCCUGGAGACGAUGCGGCAGCGGGGCGCGCUGACGAAGCUCUGGCAUUAUAGUAUUCACGCCCUCUUCACGGCCCUGGUCCACGUGAGCAGCGAGUCGAACGCGUCCUCGAACCCGCUCGUCUCGGCCAAGGCUCAGCAGACAUUCGACUCGCUGCGGGCGUCGCUUCGCGGGUUGUGCCCGCACUGGCGCUUUGCUCAGGGUGUUCUGCAGCUGUUUGAGCAGCGAGCCUCCAAGCACAGGCACCAGCCGGUUGGCGGUCAUCACAGAGGGGAAGGCCCUGGAUUCUCGUUGCGGCCGGGGGCGGCUGAGCAGGCUGCUCCGGGGAGUAGUGGCGUGUGGAGAGACGGUGACCCAGGUUCAUGGACAGCCGCGAACGAGACGAAUGUCGCCCCUGUGUAUGCUGACGUGCCUUCGGGGGACAUGUUCCUCGAUGACCUGUCGCUGCCCGACGAGACGGCCCUGGAGCUCUUCCUGUCGGGGAUGGAGAACAGCGAUGGCUUUGAGUUUACAUUCAAUGGCCAGGGUUGA